AUCUCUUUCAUAGCAGCUUCAUUGGGAAGAGCCUCCCAGCUCCACACAGACUCCUGGAACUGUCAUGUCAGAGCAUGCUGAGGGAUGAAGCCUCGGCCAUCGCUGCUCUGGAGUGGCUUCCUAUGGAGCGCUUCCCACCUCUGUUCAUGGCAGCCUUCGCUGGGAAGCACAGCAGAGUCCUGAAGGCCAUGGUGCAGGCUUGGCCCUUCCCCUGCCUCCCUCUCGGGGCCCUGAUGAACCAUCGGCAGCCUUACCAGGAUAUCUUGCAGGAUGUGCUAGAGGGACUCGAUGCCCUGCUUGCCCAGGAUACUCGACCCAGGCCCCGGUUCCUGCUCUCUCACAUCUUCACAUCUUCUCACACCACCUUGGAGCAGGAGGAGCAGUGUUUUAGCCUGGUCACCUCUCAGUUCCUCAGCCUGCCCCACCUCCAGGAGCUCAAUUUGGACGAUGUCUCCAUCCGCAGAGGCCGCCUGGACGAGAUCCUCAGGUGCCUGAAGACCCCCUUGGAGACCCUGUCCAUCACUAACUGCCUGCUUUUCGAAAGAGACUUGAGACAUCUGUCCCAGCACCUGAAUGUCAGCCAGCUGAAAUGCCUGAGUAUCAGUGGGCUCAACCUGACCAAUAUCAGUUCUGGGUCACUCCAAUUUCUGUUAGAGAGAGCCUCCCCCACUCUCCAGGACCUGGAUUUGGAUGAGUGUGGGAUCAUGGAUGCCCAGUUCCUGGACAUCAUGCCCGCCCUGAGCCACUGCUCCCAGCUCACAACCCUAA